AUGCUCCCAGUGUACUUGACUCGUUGCAACUGCUACACUGUGGUCCAUUCUUCCACGGAGCGAAAGGUCUCCACUGACCACGCAGGCGCACGCCCAAAAGUUUGGGUCGGUGCUGGCGCAGCUUACGUGGCCACAGCUGUCGCCACAGGUCGCAAGUUGCGUCGUCAAAAAGGUGAACGAACACGUCUUCGUGCUUCGGCUUCCCAGUUCACCAAGGGUGCCAACGAUGUCACCGAGGAGCCCCUCUUUUGCACCGUCUUGUCGACGCACGAGGACUGGCGAGCUGCAGUCGCAGAGCUUACAGCUGAAGCAUCAUAUCAGCUACGCAGUCGCCCACGAAAGUGUUGGGACUUUGGCAUAAUCUAUGUCAGUGGCCACAAUGACGUGUCCGUCACAGACAUCACAAUGACUCUGGAUCGAAACCUCGGUACCAGCGGGGCCUGUGUUGGGGCUGCCGUGAAUGGCUGCGGCGGUCCUGGCACUGAUCAUCACCGACGUGCUGCAGGCAGAAAGGCACCAGUCAUACAGUUGAUAGCCGUGCAGCAACCCCUACGAAAGGAAUAUUCAAGUGGUUCAGUCAGCUCAAGUUCAGAACUUCCUGGUGCAAAACCUUUCUUUGUGGGGCCAAAGGAGCUGCAGGAGAUAUCGGGAUUGGUUUGUCAGAUCCAAGGUCGUACGCGCGUCAUAGGAGCGCAAGAGCCACCAAUGCCAAGAGCUUGGCGAGAGUAUUUGGGAGUAGAGAGAGACGAAGCGCGUCCGAGAGGGAUUCUGCUCUUCAUAGACCCACUAGCAUCCAAAUAUGUAGUUGGCUCGGUGCUCAGCGCCUUGGACUUGGCGCUGCCGAACGCUGUGAAAUGUGGAGCUGUUUGCGCAGACCUGCUGCCAUCGCGGCGGCGUGUUGCUGUUGCUGGCUAUGAGAUGCGACGUGGGAUCAGCAGCGCAGACGAUAUCCCAGCCGGCGUUGCGGGCUUGCUGUUGCCUCCGGAUGUAUCUAUCCACAGCAUGGUGUGCUCAGGCAGUAGCAGGGUUGGCCCAGAGCUGCGGGUCACGUCGGCGGAUGGUCAGGUCAUCAAAAUGAUGCAGUCUGACAAUGACAGGGAAGCCCAUCCUGCAAAGGAGAUGUUGGAGGCAGUGUGCAGACAAGCCAGCCCAGUCCAACAGCUCCUGAUCGAGAAGGGAGGCUACCUUCUGGGUUUAGAGGCGCCGCAACCUUUGGAUCCGGACAAAUCCAAGGUGUACGAUGAUGUGUGGGGCUCAUCUGAGCGGGCACCAUCUUAUUCUUCUUUACGGCGUCAGGCAGCCUCCUGUGAUUGGCUGGUUCGAUCUCUGGAGCCUCUGCCUGGUGGGUCGGUUGUGAUUCGGCGUGAGAAUCUAAAGAGGAUCCCACCCCGAGUGGGUCCUGCUUGGGUGAGGUGCCAGGUGCACGUCUUCGACGAAAGACAGGGCAGGCAGGAGUUGCAACUCAUGCUUCAGCGAUACAUGGGCGCUCGGAUGACCCUCCCCACGCCGGCAGGGAAGCCUUUUGGUGCCAUGAUCUUUACCUGCAGUUCGUGGUUUGCCCAGGCCGAGGAGGAGGUCGGUGUGGCAGAGGUGUCGGCGGCAUUUGAUCCGCCACCCACAGUGGUAAGUGUGAAUGUGUGUGGUGAAGUCGCGCACCCGGGCAUUGCACUUGGUGGUGUUGACCAGAAGCGCACAACCAUCCAGGGGCACACGGCCACUUGCUGCUUCUUGAGCUACGAACCGAGUACGUGA